CAUUUCGUUUACCCAGUUGAAUUUUACUCCAACUUUGUGUUCCCCAAUAGUCACUUAUGCAUUUGGUGUUUGUAUCUUUACAUUGGGCCAUGUAUUCGCAUCCUUUUGUUGUCAUAGUUUUUUCAUAGGCAUUCUAUGUCAAUCGCCUGUUGUAUUCCUGUCCUUGAAUGUGUGUACUGCCUGGGAUGCGCCGGUUGGUUGUGGAAAAAAUGCCUCUACACUGCAGGACAUGAAAGUGAGAACUGGGGCCUAGCCACUGCAGAAGAAUUUGAGCCUGUCCCUCACUACUGUCGCUUGGUUCUUGCUAUCUAUGAAGAUGACCUUCGAAACCCGGUUUGGGAACCCUCGAGAGGGUAUGGCAUAAAUCCUGAUUGGUUAAUUCUGAGGAAAGAUUAUGAGAAAACUGGAGGGCAUGCUCCUCCAUACAUGAUUUACCUUGAUCAUGAUAAUGCUGAUAUAGUAUUGGUUGUUAGAGGACUGAACUUGGCCAAGGAGAGUGAUUAUGCUGUAUUGCUUGAUAAUAAACUUGGCCAGACCAAGUUUCAAGGUGGGUAUGUGCACAAUGGGCUUCUGAAGGCGGCAAAGUGGAUAUUUGAUACCGAGUUUGAGGUCUUGAGAGGGCUGGUGGAGAGUUAUCCAGGAUAUAGAUUGACUUUUACAGGGCAUUCCCUUGGGGCUGGGGUGGUGGCAUUGUUGGUGAUAUAUGCAGUUCAGUGCCGGGAAAAAUUGGGCAACAUUGAGAGGAAGAGGAUCAGAUGCUAUGCAAUUGCUCCCAUAAGGUGUAUGUCACUGAAUUUGGCUGUGAGAUAUGCAGAUGUUAUCAACUCUGUCGUGCUCCAGGAUGAUUUCUUACCUCGGACAACGGCAGCAUUGGAAGAUGUUUUCAAAUCACUUUUAUGUUUGCCAUGCUUAGUCUGCUUAACGUGCUUGAAGGAUACUUGUACUUUUGAGGAGAAGAUGCUUAAAGAUCCUAGGCGUCUCUAUGCUCCCGGUCGACUAUACCAUAUCGUCGAGAGAAAACCCUUCAGGAUUGGAAGAUUUCCCCCAGUUGUGAGAACGGCAGUUCCUGUGGAUGGGAGGUUUGAGCACAUAGUUCUUUCCUGCAAUGCAACUUCUGACCAUGCCAUCAUUUGGAUAGAAAGAGAAUCCCAAAGAGCUCUCGACUUAAUGCAGGAGAAGGAUCGGUUCAUGGAGAUCCCAGAAAUGCAGAAGAUGAAGCGGCAGGAGUGUCUUGCUCGAGAACACAGCGAGGAAUACAAUGCAGCUCUUCAAAGAGCCGUUGCUUUGGACAUUCCUGAGGGGAAUUCACCUUCAGGGUAUGGAACAUUUCAGGACUUGGAAGAAGGGGAGAGCUCUGAAAGAUCAAACGGCGGUGUAACAUCAUUGAUGUCAAUCCAGAAAAAGAUAAGGGAAAGUUGGGAUGAAUUUGUAGACCGUAUUUUUGAUGUGGAUGAAUCUGGACGUAUGGUGUUCAAGAAGUAAAUCUCACAAACCUCUCAAACAUUAAUUUCCUAGCAAUUCGUUGCAUACAAAUUGCAAUUUCACCUUAUGAUGAGGAGA